AUGGCAUGGUCUCGUCUUCAGGAGUGUUACGGCUCACCAGAGAUGAUCGAAAAGGCUCUCUUUGAAAGAGUGGAGAAGUUUCCCAAAAUCAACAGCAGGGAUUAUCCUAAACUAAGAGAGAUUGGAGACCUGCUACAGGAGCUAGCAUCGGCUAAGCGCGAGGGCUACUUACCUGGACUUGCUUGCUUGGACACAGCUAGAGGUCUGAACCCCAUAGUGGAAAAAUUACCAUGGAACCUCCAAGAAAAGUGGAUUUCUAAGGGGAGUAACUACAAGUUAGCGCACAACGUGCCCUUCCCACCUUUCACCUACUUUGCUGACUUCGUCUCCAGAGAGGCCCUCAUCCGCAACGACCCAAGCUUCUCUUUUGCCAGUUCAGCUGCUACAACAACUAAGCCAGACGCUGCAGAUAAGAAGAUAAGAAACUUCGUAUCCACCAAUAUAACGGAUGUCUCUCCUGUUUCCGACUCCGACACAACAGAGACUUCCAGUGCUAGGCCUGAUGUCAUUCCUUGGGCUAACCAGUCCCCUCAGGCAGAGAACGGCGGGGAGUCGGAACCUCCUCCUACAGUGAACUCCAUGUGCACCGAGAUCUGUGGAGGAAACAACGGACCUAGCUCCUGCUCUAAAAUUUGCCUCAUCACAGUGCAUCCUAAGGGAGAACCAAACAGGUCAGUGAGACUCUACGCCAUUCUUGAUGACCAGAGCAACCGGUCACUCGCCAGGCCAGAGUUCUUCAACCUCUUUAACCUUGAAAGCUCAGAAGCUCCCUACACAUUACAGGCUCAGAUCCUUCUUCUCCUUGGGCGUGGUGUCCUACAGGCUCACAAGGUACGAGACCAGCGCAACAGACCUAAUAGCGCACCAUAUGCCCAACGCUUGGAUCUUGGUUGGGUCAUCAUCGGUGAGGUCUGCCUAGGCACAGCUCACAAACCCAAACAUGCAAGUGUGUUCCGCACUCACGUUCUGGAGAACGGCCGCCAUUCACACUUCUCACCCUGUCCGAACCAUCUCACAGUUAAGGAGAGACUCACCGUGAAGACCCCAAGCACCAACAGUCUCUCUGAACUGUCAAGCUCACCACCGACUCGCGAAGCAGAGAGAUGCGGUUACGAUGACUCCUUGGGAAGCAAGAUAUUCCAACGCACCGAAGAUGACAACAAGGUCGCUCCCUCUAUUGAAGACAAGCUGUUCAUCAAGUUAAUGGAUAAAGAGAGCUACAUCGACGACGGCAACAGCUGGGUAGCCCCACUUCCGUUCCGCCGGUCAAGACCACUUCUGCCUAACAAUAGAGAGCAAGCUCUGAAUCGUUUCAACUCUCUUUGUCGUACGCUUGGAAGAAAGCCGGAGAUGAAGGAGCAUUUUGUCACCUUCAUGCAACGUAUCUUCGAUCAAGAUCAUGCAGAGCUCGCUCCUCCGUUGACUAACAGAGAGGAGUGCUGGUACCUCCCCACAUUCGGAGUGUAUCACCCCCACAAACCAGGUCAAAUCAGAGUUGUGUUUGACUCCAGCGCCAAACAUCUUGGAGUGUCUCUGAACGACGUGUUGUUGACCGGACCAGAUCUUCACAACAGUUUGCUGGGAGUUCUGAUGCGUUUUCGAUGUGAACAGGUUGCCUUCACCGCCGACAUCGAACAGAUGUUCCAUAGUUUCAUCGUGAGAGAAGAUCACAGGAACUUUCUUAGGUUCCUAUGGUUCAGGAACAACGACCCUACGGACGUGGUUGUAGAAUACCGGAUGCGGGUCCAUGUGUUUGGCAACAGUCCGUCUCCAGCGGUAGCGACCUACGGCCUCAGACGAGCUGCUCUACACGGAGAAGAGGAGUUUGGUCACGCAGCGAAAGAGUUCGUACAUAGAGAGUUCUAUGUAGACGAUGCCCUCAAAUCUCUGCCCUCUGUGUCUCAAGCGGUCAACCUACUUACAGCAGCACGAGGUAUGCUAGCAAUGUCCAACCUACGUCUCCACAAGAUUGCGUCCAACUGUCCAGCAGUUAUGCAAGCGUUUCCAUCCUCUGAGUAUGCCAAGGACUUGAAGGACCUCGACCUGGAAACUGACUCUCCACCGAUGCAGCGCAGCCUAGGAUUGAAUUGGGACCUGAGCAGAGAUACGUUCACUUUUCGGGUCGCCAACACCAAUAGACCCUUCACACGCAGAGGUGUGCUCGCUUGUGUGAACAGUUUGUUCGAUCCACUUGGCCUGGUGGCACCGAUCUCCAUACAAGGAAAGCUCCUUCUGAGAGAACUCACCCACAACACCGUCGAUUGGGACGAGCCGCUCCCUGCUGAAAAGGAAACCGAGUGGAUUGCUUGGAGGGAUUCACUACAAGCCCUUGAAAGCUUUGAGACUCCUCGUUGCUACACAAGCACAUCUGUUUCCAACGCCCAGCGCGUGGAGCUACACAUCUUUUCAGACGCUUCUGUGAAGGCCAUUGCUGCAGUAGCUUACCUCAAGGUGCUAGACAACAGCGGCGAAGUCCAUGUAGGAUUCGUCAUAGGAAAGGCAAAGUUAGCUCCGAUGUCAGUCCAUACAGUCCCGCGGCUUGAACUGGGAGCAGCAGUCCUGGGUGAGAUAGCAGAAUUGGCUUCAAGAGAGUUGGAUCUGAAGUUUGAUGAUGUGCGGUUCUAUACAGACAGCAAGGUUGUGCUUGGGUACAUUUAUAACGCAACCCGCCGGUUCUAUGUGUAUGUCAGUAACAGGGUAGAACACAUCAGGAAGUUCUCAAGCCCCAACCAGUGGCACUACGUGCCCACCGGCCAGAACCCAGCAGACGUAGCAACCAGACCAGUACAUGCAGCACUGCUCACCAACACGAGCUGGCUCACCGGGCCUGACUUUCUGCUGCUACCGUCUAAAGAAGACAUCCCACUGGGAACACCUUUCAGCCUUGUGGACCCAGACUCUGACGCAGAAGUGCGAUCUCACCUAACCACAUGCACCAGCCCAAACCUGGGCUCUCAGCGGUUUGAACGGUUUUCAACAUGGCAGUCUCUCAUCAGAGCCAUAGCCACACUCAUCCACAUCACAGACGUCAUCAGAUCCAGCACUACAACUGGAAACAAAGAAUGUAAAGGCUGGCAUCAAUGUUCAAAAGCACACACAUCCAACAAUCUGUUGAAGGUAAAACAGGUCAUCAUUCGAUGUGUUCAAAAAGAAACCUAUCCCACUGAGAUGUCCUGUCUGCAGCAAGGGAUAUGCAUUCCUAACGACAGUUCACUGAGGAAGUUGGAUCCUGUUCUCGAUUGUGACGGACUCUUGAGAAUCGGUGGCCGGCUUCAACGCUCAAGUCUUACCGCGGAGGAGAAACACCCUCUCAUUGUCCCUGGUCGCAGCCACGUCGGCGCUCUACUUACCAGCUACUACCACAGGAGAGUCGAACACCAGGGCCGGAUCUUCACGGAGGGAGCUAUACGUGCAGAUGGCAUUUGGAUGGUCGGAGCCAAGAGGUGCAUCGCAAAGCUUCUACACAAGUGUGUCACGUGUAACAAACUCAGAGGUAAAACAGCAGAGCAAAAGAUGGCCGACCUCCCUCCAGAUCGUCUAAGUACAGAGCCUCCUUUCACUAACGUAGGCAUCGAUGUAUUUGGUCCUUGGAGUAUCUCUACUCGACGCACCCGUGGAGGCGCUGCCAACAGCAAAAGGUGGGCAGUUAUCUUCACCUGUCUCAGUGUACGUGCUGUUCACAUAGAGCUCAUUGAAGCCAUGGACACAUCAAGCUUCAUCAACGCUCUGCGUAGAUUUCUUGCCAUCCGGGGUCCUGUGAAGCUUAUUCGUUCAGACUGUGGCACAAAUUUCAAGGGAGCCUGUAAAGAGCUGCAAGUACUCUUGCAAGACGACCAGGAGCCCAACAUCUCUAAGUUCCUCAGUGCAGAGGGUUGUACAUGGAUCUUUAACCCACCUCAUUCAUCACACAUGGGCGGUGUGUGGGAGAGGAUGAUUGGCAUCUCAAGAAGGAUUCUGGAUUCCAUGCUAAGUCAGACUCCACCUUCCCUACUCACCCACGACGUUCUGUCUACUACGAUGGCAGAGGUCUCGGCCAUUAUCAACGCCAGACCUCUGACAACCAUCUCUACCGAUGCAGACGCUCCGUUACUUCUGACUCCCAACACGAUUCUUACCCAGAAGGUUUGCUGUCCAUAUCCUCCUCCAGGCUGCUUCGUCGACGCAGACUUACACCGUCAGCAAUGGAGAAGAGUCCAGCACUUGGCCAACACCUUUUGGGAAAGGUGGCGGCGUGAGUAUGUCUCAACCCUCCAGAGUCGUUCUAAGUGGCAGAAGAGCCAGCCCAACAUCAAGGAGGGAGACCUAGUGCUUCUUCGCGAUACUCAGCUGAAGAGAAACCAGUGGCCCAUGGCAUUGGUGACUAAAACCUUCCCUGGAAGUGACGGAAAGAUCAGGAAGUUGGAGCUCAAAGUAACUAGAGGAGGCACUUCCAAGAACUUCCUUCGCCCUAUCACUGAAGUGGUGGUGCUGAUGACCCCUUAGGAUCAAACAGACUCUCGAUUGACCCCCAGAUGUUUGGUUAUUUAAGGUGUUAUUGUGUUCAAUACCAGGCGGGGAGUGUUACGUUACACAUUUUGAGUUUGUAUUAGGCACUUUAGAGCCCCCUGCAGGCCAUUACUUGUAUUCAGUUCUUUCGUAGAUUCUUAAUAUUGCGUUCAUUCUCAUUGGCUGAUAAGAGUCACGUUGUUAGUCACGUGAUUUCAGACGUGAUCUGUCAUUAUUUCGGCAGCCAUUUUGAUCUGUCAUUUGAGCCAGAGAUCCACACGGUGAAACGUCUUUUUUAUCUCACAUCAUUCAUCCUUGUAAGCCUUGGAGAAGCUUUGUUUUUUCACACUUCUAAACCUGCAACAACUUGUUCAACAACAAUCAAUAAAUGGACAUUCAAGUGGAUGUCGACAACAUC